AGAGGCUGACUGGGAAUGGACGGGAUAGCAUAAUGCAUGGACGCUGACAUACAAGCUGUUUAUGAAUAAGUAUCUUUCUUUCUGUUCCAAUGACUUUACCUGCAGACACACGUUGAGAAGCCUCUGUAUGAGCUCCUCUCCGGCCGCCAGCAUGCACAAGCAGCAGAGCAAAGAGUCCCUGAAGGACAGGGUGAAAGGGAUUUUUGGCCUUGGACCUUCGCGUAUCCCCACUAAGCAGACGGAGAGCAAGCCCUCUGAGUUCAUCAUCACUCAGGACAUACUGAAGGAGCUCAGUCUGGAGUGUGGACUGCACAACAGAAUCCGGGUCAUCAAUCAUGUGUGUGAGUUGGCCAAGACAAAGAAGUUUGAGGAGAAUGCAGUGGAGGCAGUCUGGAAGGCUGUGGAUGACAUGCUGCAGCCGGAGCAGCCAGUCGAGGCCCGACGCGCUGUGUUACAGCUGCUGCGAGCCAUCAUCCAUGGACAAGGUGAGAGACUUGGCCCACUCCGUGCCUACUUCUUCAAGGUCAUUAAAGACUACUACCCUUUGAGUGAGGACCUAGCGGACCGCUUAGAGGUGUUCAAAGCACUUACAGAGAACGGGAAGGACAUUACCUACCUGGAGGAGGACAUAGCUGUUUUUGUGCAACUCUGGAUGAAUGUUGGCCUGACCUCAGACUUCCUUCAUGUGCUUGUCAACCUGGUCAAGUUCAACAGCUGUUACCUGGACCAGAACGUCUCUGAUAUGGUCCUGAAAAUAUGUCUGCUGUGCAACCGGACCACUUCCUCCACAGACAUAGAGGUGGCACUGCAGGUGUUGGAUGCAGUUGUGUGCUACAACUGUCUGCCCUCAGACUCCUUGCCCAGCUUCAUCAUCACUCUGUGUCGCACGGUCAAUGUCAAGGAGUUUUGUGAAUCCUGUUGGAAGCUGAUGCGGAAGGUCCUAGGGACACACCUGGGACACAGCGCGAUUUACACCAUGUGCCGGUUAAUGGAAGAUAGGGCUUAUAUGGAGGAUGCUGCUCUGCUGCGAGGUGCGGUUUUUUUUGUUGGGAUGGCACUGUGGGGUGCACACAGGCUAUCAGCACUUAAGAACACACCCACGCUGGUUCUACCCUCCUUCUACAAGGCCAUGACUUGCCCCAACGAGGUAGUCUCCUAUGAGAUUGUGCUCUCCGUUACCCGGCUGAUCAAGAAAUAUGGCAGGGAGCUGCAGGUGGUCACCUGGGACAUUCUGCUCCGUAUCAUCGAGAGGCUUCUGCAGCAGAUCCAGACGACUGGGAGCCAUGAGCUGAAGACCAUUGUUCAUGAACUCCUAACCACUGUGGAGGAGCUGUAUGAGCAGAAUGGCUACCAUGGCUCUUCAGAGCGCUUCUUUGCGCUUGUGGAGAAGUGUUCUGACAAGCGGCCCGAAUCAUCUGUGCUGACGCUCAUCUCUUACCGAGCCCAGUCCAUCCAGCCGGCAAAGGAUGGCUGGAUCCAGAGUUUACACAGGCUGGUGGAAAAGUUCUUCAGGAAUGAAAGCCGCAGCGCUAUCAGGAUCAAAGUGCUGGACGUCCUCUCGUUUGUCUUAAGCAUCAACCGUCAGAUCUAUGAGGAAGAGCUCAUCGAGAUGGUGGUGAUCCCUCAGCUGAGCCAGAUCGCUGAGGACCGUGACCUGCAUGUGCGCAAGCUGGCCACACAGCUCCUGGUGGAUCUGGCAGAGGGUUGCAGCACACACCACUUCAAUAGUCUGCUAGACAUCAUCGAGAAGGUGGCUAGUCGCUCCCUCGCCUGUCUGGGGCCUACGGAGGGUCCUGAGAAAGAUCAGUCAGGGGACGACUCUCUCAUGGAGGAUGUGAAGACGGCUGUCCUGGGCCUUCUGGAGAUCUUGCAGAGCAAGCUGUACAGCCUCCCUGCGAGCCAUGUCAGCCGCGUAUAUGAGCUGCUGAUCAGUCACCUGCAGCUGCACUACAAGAAUAAGUACACUUCCCCUGUCGCCUGCAGCAUUCGCUUACAGGUGUUUGAUUUCCUGCUGUUGAUGCGUGCAGACUCUCUCCACCGUCUCGGUGUACCCAACAAGGAUGGAGUUCUGCGGUUCAGUCCAUACUGCCACUGCGACAUGGGGGAGCCUGAGAAGCGAGCGAGCGAGAAGAAGCCUGCUGGAACGGUGUCACCCCCUGCAGGCAGCCCAGCUCCUGCAGCCCAGCCUGCAUCCAUACGCACAGCAUGCCUGCCUUACUCCCUGGCUUUCUGUACCCUUCUGCAGUGUCUGAAGUUGGAGACAGACUGGAAAGUUCUGAAGUUGGUUCUGGACAAGAUGCCGUCGACCCUGCAGUACAAAGUGUUGAUCCUCUCCUCACCCUGCAGUGUGGAUCAGCUGUGCUCCACACUCUGUUCUAUGGUAACAGACCGGCUGAUUUCGGAGCGGCUGCGCAAGACUCCAGAUGGGUUCUCGCGCACAGAUGUGCAGCUUGCCGUGGUGCCUGUGUUGACCGCUCUGGUCUCUUACCACAACUUCUUGGAGCAGUCCCGACAGAGAGAGCUGGUCCAGUGCUUGGAGGCAGGCCUGAUCUAUCGCUGUGCCAAACAGUGCGUGGUGGCACUCACUAUGUGUACGGUGGAGAUGCCCGACAUCAUGAUCAAGCUGCUGCCAGCUCUCAUUGUCAAGCUCACGCACAUCUCUGCCACCGUCACCAUGGCAUCACCCAUGCUGGAGCUCCUGUCCACACUGGUACGGCUUCCUCACCUGUACGCCAACUUUGUUGCCGAGCAGUAUGUCAGCGUGUUCGCCAUCUCGCUUCCGUACACAAACCCCUCCAAGUUUAACCAGUACAUUGUCUCCCUGGCACACCAUGUCAUUGCCAUGUGGUUCAUCCGCUGUCGGCUUCCCUUCCGCAAAGAUUUUGUGCAGUACAUCACUAAGGGCCUGCGUUCCAAUGCCCUGCUGCCCUUUGACGACACACACGAGCAGAGCAGCUUCCGUGCUCGCAGCACUAGCCUCAACGAGAGGCCCAAGAGUCUCCGGACGGCCAAAGUCGCAAAGCAGGGUCCGGGUAGCAACUCUCCCGUUAAAGAGCUGAAAGAUCUGUCGGCCAUGGACGCCUUCCGCUCCCGAAGCAUCAGUGUUUCGGAGCACGCGGUGCGCAGGAUGCAAACUUCCAUCACCACCAGCAGUCUGGGCUCGGCUGAUGAGAAUGCCAUGGCACAAGCAGAUGAUGGGCUCAAGAUGGUCCACCUAGAGCUCACAGAGACCUGUUUGGACAUGAUGGCCCGCUAUGUCUUCUCUAACUUCUCUGCCCUGCCCAAGAGGUCUCCGAUUGCUGAGUUCCUGCUGGCAGGUGGGCGCAGCCUGACUUGGCUGGUGGGCAACAAACUGGUCACCAUCACCACUAGUGGAGGGUUGCGAACCCAGGCCCUGCUGGGUUUGGACACGGCGGAGCGGUCAGGAGGAGGCGAGAUGACCAGGUCGGACCCAACCCUCCACACCAGACAGACCAAAGAAGCCCCAGCCAAGCUAGAGUCCCAGUCCAGCCAGCAGAUCAACAGGUCCAAGCGGAUCCGGGUUCGUUCUAUUUCAGGUGGCCAUGCUUUACGUGCCGGACCCACCCAAAGCUUGAGCCCCCUGGUGUCACCCUCUGAUGAGUUCUCCCCUGGGACUGGCCUGGACAGACAGGCAUCUCUUCGUGCUGAAGAUACGAGAGUAGCGGCAGCAGCCGCUCCUCCACGGGCAGCACAACGAGACAAGUCUGGCCUGACAGAUUUCGUACCCAUACUCACCCAGGGCUGGGCGGAGGUCUACAUCCGCAGACCUUCAGGUAAUACUAGCUGGCUGAUGCGCCUAGAGAACCCACCGAGUCCGUUCUCCUCGGAGCUGGGCAAUGUGCCAUUGCAGGAGCUGUCCAGCGUGCUCAUGGCCAUGGAGAGCGUCAAGGAGUCGAGCCCUCCCGAAAGCCCCACCCCUGCGGCCUCCAUCCACACUCACAAACCCUCUCUCAUCCAGCGCUCCAACACAGUGGCUUCUCUGUCCUCCCUCUGCCUCUCCGACACCCCUGGCAGGUUACACAGGAGUAUUUCCUGGGCAGACUCUGUGGUGGUCCUGGAGGAAGGGCUGCGGGGCGGGGCUGUUGAGUCACCGUCUGAGUCUCCCGAGAGUGAGGAGUUUGAAGGCAUGACCUCGGAGCCUAUCUUCAUCAGCACAGAAAAGUUCAGCCGGACACCACGGGGCCCCUACAGUAGGUCGUCGUCCAGUUCCAGUCAGGACGAGGACAAGUCUACUCUGGAGGAGGUGAGCGAGGGUGCCAUCCCCAUCGACCAGCCGCUGGCGGCGGCCUCCACCCCAGGAGCCCCGGAUAUGGACCUGCCCUUCCAGCACACGCAGACCCUUAACAAGUCCAGCUCCUCGCCAGAGCUGCAGACCCUUCAGGAGGCCUUUGCUCCUGGCUUGAUGGCAGGGUCAACCACAGCAGAGGGUCCCAGUGGGCAGUUGGAAGAUAGAGCCCCUCCUCAAGUUGAGGCAGAAGACAUCUCUGUGGGGGUGGACCCCCAACCAGAGGCUCCUCCUACGGUUACAGGAGCCACUGCCACAACUUCUACGUCAAGAAUGAAGUUGGAGUUCCCAGCCAUCCAGCCCAGCCCGCUCUCACCCAGCGGGCACCGACCUCGUGGGCACACGAUCUCUGUGUCAGCCCCCUCCCGCCGUGAGAGGAAGAUGGAGCGUGACCCGUACCACAACCGAGGGUCCGCCUCCAAUGUGGAGAAGACAUCUGGCAUCAGCCCCAGCUUCGUGUUCCUGCAGCUCUACCACUCGCCAUUCUUUGGGAAUGAAGCCAACAAGCCACUGUUGCUGCCCAAGUCUGAGCUCAUUGACAGGGCUGUCAAAGUCCUGGACCAGAUGCCCCCCUACGACACCCACAAAAUCGGAGUGGUGUUUGUUGGGCCCGGACAGGUGAACAACGAGGUGUCCAUACUUUCCAACGAGUAUGGCUCAAACAGAUACGCCCAGUUCCUCACGGGCCUGGGCAAGCUGAUCCAUCUGAAGGACUGCGACCCAGACCAGAUCUACCUGGGUGGGCUUGACCAGUACGGUGACGACGGGGAGUUCACCUACUGCUGGCAUGACGACAUCAUGCAAGCCAUCUUCCACAUUGCCACACUGAUGCCCAACCGCGAGUCUGAUAAGGGCUGUUGCAACAAGAAGAGACACAUUGGAAACGACUUUGUCAUGGUGGUCUACAAUGACUCCGGGGAAGAGUACAAAUUGGGCACCAUCAAGGGCCAGUUCAAUUUUGUUGAAGUUGUAAUCCAUCCGUUGGACUACGAGAGCAACCUAGUUACCCUGCAGUGCCGCAAAGACCUUGAGGGCCUGGUGGACACCAGCGUGGCCAAGAUUGUGUCGGACAGAAACCUACCGCUGCUGGUGCGCCAGAUGGCUCUGCAUGCCGACAUGGCUUCACUUGUCCACCAGCACCGGUCCAACCCCUCUGAGGCCUACGCCUCCAAGUGGCUCGCCCGCCUCAGGCACAUCAAGAAGAUUCGUACCCGGGCCCAGGAGGAGAUUCAGUCCCGGCCCUCUCCAGGCAUCUCGUUGACCCAGAGCCACAGCUCUGUGCAAAGCAAGACCCCUUCCUACCAGCAGGGCGGUGCGGUCGCCCCCAACCCUGAGUCAGGCCAGAGGAAGAGGCUUGUUUCCACUGUGGAUGACUUCACGGACUUUGUGUAAGAUUCAGGUGUCUUGUUGACCCUGCUCUGCCCUGUGCACACGUGCGUUGUGGGGUGUGGUAGCUGCAGGGGUGAGGUUGGGGGGCCUUCGCCUGCCUAGUUCAAAGCGCCAUAGUUUCAUCUAUUUCUUGUUGACUCUGGCUCGGAAUCCCUGUGAAAAAUUGCACAUGUACACACGUCCCCAUUGCUGACAUUGCUCUGAGCCCUGCCCCUGUAAAAUUACUUGCAUGUCACCUGGGUGUAUAAGCGCAGCACUGCCCCUCAACCCCCCUUCGUAAAAUCAGCUUUUACCAAGCCAGAUUUGGGUGAACUGAAGACCCAACUUUUUAAACGACUCUCGGAAGUUGUCACCACACACAUGUGACACCUAUCUGACGAUGUCAUAGGUCACACUGAAAAGAUGGUUACAUUUUUGAAAAUGGAAUUGUAAUGUGAAAGAACAGGACCAGACUUCAUCCAAGCACAGCAAAGAAUAAAAAUCAAUUUGACAGCUUCACAUUCAGCAUUUUUAAAGCCACAUCCAUUAAAUUCUAUGUGUUUGACAAUGACUGUUAUUACUGAAGAUAAAGGGCCGAAAGGUAUGAUGACAGCAGGUGCUUUUUCUGGCUGCUCUGACUGAAGUUCUGUGGACCAACCGAGUAGGUUGUGAGUUGCCCUUUGGGCUGGGGGGAGAGUCAAUGUAAAAAUGACAUUUUCAAGAUGUAUGUGUGUGCAAAAUAAUUAAAAUUGGCACUUGAUGAACGCAGCUGUCUGUCGGUCGGUCAGCACAGGUGACACUCAGAGGGUGUGUUCAUCCCCCCCCUUCAGCCGCACAUUGGAGGCACCCAGUUUCUUAGCUGUCAAACCCUUUAUUUGACUUUGUCAAGUGCAAAGCAUGAGAAGUGCUGCAGACCAAUACACAACGAGACAAAAAAAAAACCACAAACGGCGACAAUAACAAAAUGCAAUACAAAUGACAGUUUUACUGUAAUAAGAUUUACUAUAUGACAAACAUGCAAUUCAGCUUUGGCACCAUAGUAAUUGGACACUGCUGUGAGUAGGUAGUGCUAGCGUGCUGUCCUGGACGGACCUUAGGAUGAGCUGCAGAACUGGACUGUUUGUCUUCAGGCACUGUUUGAAUCUGCCUUAUAAACUCCCUGAUUUAUCCUUCUUUCUGAUUGAGGUCCAUAUACAUAUAAGCAAUAUUAACAAACCAAGUUGCAGAAAAACAAAGCGGCAUACUUGCCGUGGAAAAUUUGCUUGUACCAUUUGAACUCGAGCCUAUAUGCUUUAUAAUACUGAUGACAGUUAUUUCAACUAUGGUGAAGAACUGAUUGUUCAAAACAAGUUCAUUAUUGCUGGUUAUUCAGCAGAAGAUCAAGUACCGCAAG